AUGCCACAGGUGCCGCUACCAGAUGGAUUAAACGUCAAGGUGGGAGAUCUGGCGACCAUCCAGGUUGUGGAGGUUGCUAAAUCAGGAGCUGGAUUAUACAACUGUGUGGAUAUUAUCUUCGCCCUUCCAGAGAAUGUCAAUCCAGUAAAUGAGACGAAUUGUUUCAACAGCACGGAUAUCUCCUUCAAAGACCCAUUCUCCAACGCAGCGACGACGACCACGUCAACGCCGGCUGGUGCCUCACGGACGGGGCUCUGGGGUCCAUUAUCUUGUUCCACCUCGAGUGCUUGCCCAACUCAGACUCCGUGUCCAAAAGCGAAUGAAGUGGGAUCGAAGGAGGGGGCUUCCGGCGUCGGAUUUCCGCUCGGUGUGCUCGCACUAGGAAUCCUGGGCUUGAAGGAGAGGGAUUAUUAA